AAGUCAUACUUUGCUCGUUGGUUGGCGUAUUACAUAGGUCAUCUCUAUCCUGUUGUCUAUGUCAUGACAAAGACCAAGAGCAAUCACUGGUGGUCACAGUGUGUCUCUGACAGCUACAUCUUCGAAGGUUGGCAGCCACACAUCGUCGCCGAGCUAAUGAAGCGCAAUGAGAAGAUACUCUCGGUGAGGGGCAUGUCCAAGCACGUGGAUCCCAACAUCUUACUGAUACUGGAUGACAUCAUUGGUGAGGACUCUUUCAAGAAUGAUCACGUACUCAAGGACAUAUUCACAUUGGGUAGGCAUAAACGCAUCGGUCUGAUUGUACUAACACAGGAUGUGUUUGGUAUAAGUACAGUGGCUCGUGGCAACUGUGACUAUGUCGUAAGUACACUACAGAUGCAGAAUAGACAGAGAGAGGCCAUCGCCAAAGACUAUGGUGACAUUAUACAUAGACAGAGCUUCUACGACAUGAUGGACGACAACACACGGGACAACUCGAUGCUUGUCAUUGAUCUAUCACUGAACACACCAGACCCCUCCAAGGUCUUCUUCACUGCCAAGGCCAACAACCCUGGACCAUUCAGACUUGGUGAUGACAAGUGUUGGUCUGCCAAUGAGAAGCAGUUGCAACAGGUGAAGGACAUCAGUGAUAACAGUGUGCGAUUGGAGAGUGGUUGGGACACAGCCGAGGACCAGAAGCAGAGACGUGCCGCUGGUGGUGGCAAUGAUGAUCCAAACAAACAACAACAAUCAAAAGACACAGAGAUGGUUCAAGUGAAGCAGGCGACAAAGAAGAGGAGUAGGAAGAAUCUGGAGAAGCAUAAUAAUCCCCAUCUCGAUGAUGUGGUGGUUGGUGGUGGAGGUGUGAUGAGGGACAAGGCGACAGUUUCACCAGCGGCAGCAACAACAAAACGUAUAAGAAUGGACAGUGCC